AUGGCGCAUUCCAAGCGCAACACCUCCCUCCCCCAUUUUACCUCCUACGAACGCUCCCUCCUCCGCUCUACCUGGGGCACCCAAAGCACCCGCCUCUCCCGAGAAUCAUUCCUCCCCUUCUCAUCAUGUCGAUUAUGCCUUCUCCCCGCUCGUUCCCCCGUCGUUGCCUGCGCCACGAACGGAGACAUAUUCUGUCGCGAAUGCGCCGUCAAUGAUCUCCUCGCCCAACGAAAAGAGAUUAAACGGUUAGAGAAAGAACGGGAGCUAGCGGAGCGUGAUAGAGAAGAAGGGGAGGGACGAUUGGCUGAGGAGGCCCGGGAGAGGGAAUUGAGAGAAUUUGAAAUGGUCAGCAUGGGAUUAGAAGAGAGGAAGCGGAAAUUGGAUUCCGAUGCAGGUGGUGGGGGAGAUGCUAGUCCCAAUGGGGAGCUGGCGAGGAAGAGGAGGAAAGGGUUUGAGUUGGAUGAAAAGACUAUGAGGGAUAUUGCGCAGGAGGAGAGAGAGAAGAUUCGGAAGAAAAUUGAAAGAGAACGGAUCCAAUCAUCAAAAUCUCAGCUUCCCUCCUUCUGGGUGCCUUCACUCACUCCCUCCGCGUCCAACGGUCCACACGCUAGCAAACCCGUCAAACUAACACCCUUGUGUCCCGCUUCCACCCCUGGAAACAAACAUACCUAUUCGCUAAAGGGCCUGGUCACGGUUAAUUUCACAGAGAAUAAAGAUGACCAAUCUGGCGAAACGAUAAGAAUAUGCCCAAGCUGUCAAAAAGGGUUAAGCAAUGGCGUGAAGGCUAUAUUGACAAAACCCUGUGGGCAUGUAAUAUGUAAACCAUGUGUCAACAAAUUCAUGACUCCGCAUCUCCAUCCCGAUCCGCAUUCUACUGACCUGAAGGAUACGGAAACGCACGACAAGGUGCUUUGCUAUGUAUGCGAGACGGAUGUUACGGAACGGAAAGCAAGCAAAGAGUCAAAAGAUGGUAAAAAGGAGAAAGAGAAUGACAAAAUCCGUCCUGGCUUGGUUACGAUUAAUAGCGAAGGGACGGGUUUUGCUGGCGGAGGUAGCAAUAUAGCGAAGAAGGCUGGGACAGCUUUUCAGUGCUGA